AUAGAGAGACAUACAGAUACUCGACUCAGACAGCCGAAAUCAAAUAAUCUCAACAACCAAAUAUCAUGUCGGCUGUUAAAGGAAGCGAUCGGCCGGAAUCCGGCGCCCUCAAGACGGAGCUCAGCCUCGCCCUCCCCGGCGGCGGAGGCGCUCGCGCCAAGCGCGGCUUCGCGGAGACGGUGGGUUUGAGUCUGAAAAACAGUGAAUCUUGUGUCGUUGAGCAAUCUUCUCCUCUAGAGAGUGAGGUUGUGGGAUGGCCACCAGUGAGAUCAUACAAAAAGAAGAUGAUGAUAGGCAGCAAAUUUGUGAAGGUGGCUGUGGAUGGGGCUCCAUACCUUAGAAAAAUUGAUCUUCAAAUUUACAAUGGCUAUCAAGAACUAUUGGCUACAUUUGAGGAUAUGUUUACAUUCUUGACCAUAUUUGUGAAUGAGAAGAAGAUGAUGGACUCUGCAAAUGGCACAGAAUAUGUGCCAACCUAUGAGGACAAAGAUGGAGAUUGGAUGUUAGUUGGUGAUGUUCCUUGGAAAAUGUUUGUCGAAUCAUGCAAGAGGUUGAGGUUGAUGAAAAGCUCUGAGGCUAUUGGAUUAGUUCCAAAGAGCAUAUCUUCAAGUGCUUCUCAAGGAUCAUCAAGUACUUGAUAUAGGAGUGAUUCUUGGCAAUCUUUUAUUGAAAUCCGCUUGUAUAGUGAAACUAAAUUUUGCAAUGUAAUAUAGUUUUGGAAUAUACUGAUAAUAUGUAAUCAAUUUUUUCUUUAAAAAAAAUUGCAACAUUAAAUUUAAAGACAAUUUCACAGUA